GCUAGCAUCGCUUCUCCGUUCAAUUCCAACGACAAAAAUAGAGCUUCAAUCUCUCUCUCUAUUUCGCGUCGCCACGCUGAAGCCGAUCCGAAUCCCCGCUUUCGAGAUCCCUUCUUCUUCUUCUUCCUCUACUACUCCGCCGUUUUCUAGCAGCAGGAUUCUUUGUACAAUCCAAUGGCUAUUAAUGAGCCAUUGUAUCCGAUAGCUGUGCUGAUAGAUGAGUUAAGGAAUGAAGAUAUUCAGCUGAGACUGAACUCUAUCAAGAAACUCUCUACUAUUGCACGGGCGCUUGGUGAGGAGAGAACCAGAAAAGAAUUGAUACCAUUUCUUAGUGAAAAUAAUGAUGACGAUGAUGAAGUUCUUAUGGGAAUGGCUGAAGAGUUAGGUGGCUUUAUUCCAUAUGUUGGUGGUGUGGAAUAUGCUCAUGUAUUGCUUCCACCACUGGAGACAUUGUGUACCGUAGAAGAAACUUGUGUUAGGAACAAGGCUGUUGAGUCAUUGUGUCGUAUAGGGGCACAAAUGAAGGAAAAUGACUUGGUAGAUUGGUUUGCCCCUCUGGUGAAGAGGCUAGCAGCUGGCGAGUGGUUUACUUCUAGGGUUUCAUCAUGCAGUAUAUUUCAUAUUGCUUAUCCAAGUGCUCCAAAUCAGUUGAAGGGGGAACUGAGGUCCAUAUAUGGACACUUGUGUCAAGAUGACAUGCCUAUGGUGAGGAGAGCAGCCGCAACAAGUUUAGGCAAAUUUUCUGCUACAAUAGAGCCAAGCAAUUUGAAAUCAGAUAUCAUGCCAAUGUUUGAGGAAUUAACACAAGAUGAUCAAGAUUCUGUGCGCCUGUUGGCUGUUGAGGGUUGUGCGGCACUUGGAAAAUUGCUGAAACCUGAGGAUUGUGUCGCACAAAUUCUUCCAGUGAUUGUCAAUUUCUCUCAGGAUAAAUCAUGGCGUGUCAGAUAUAUGGUUGCAAAUCAAUUAUAUGAACUUUGUGAGGCUGUUGGAGCUGAAGCUACUAGGACCGAUCUAGUACCAGCAUAUGUUCGUCUUCUUCAUGAUAAUGAGGCUGAAGUGCGCAUAGCUGCAGCAGGGAAGGUGACAAAGUUUUGCCAGAUCUUAAGCCCAGAACUAGCAAUUCAACAUAUUCUUCCUUGUGUAAAGGAAUUAUCAUCAGAUUCUUCACAGCACGUUCGCUCAGCUUUAGCUUCAGUGAUCAUGGGGAUGGCACCUGUCUUAGGAAAGGAUGCAACAAUUGAACAACUUCUUCCAGUUUUUCUUUCACUUCUGAAAGAUGAGUUUCCAGAUGUUCGACUCAGUAUAAUCAGCAAACUUGAUCAAGUAAACCAGGUUAUUGGAAUUGAUUUACUGUCUCAAUCACUCUUACCUGCCAUCGUGGAGCUUGCAGAGGAUAGGCAUUGGCGAGUCCGGCUCGCAAUAAUUGAAUACAUUCCUUUGUUGGCGAAUCAACUAGGUGUUGCAUUCUUCGAUGAAAAACUUGGUUCUCUUUGUAUGCAAUGGUUGGAAGAUAAGGUCUUCACUAUAAGAGAUGCAGCUGCUAACAACUUGAAGCGUCUUGCAGAAGAAUUUGGAUCGGAAUGGGCAAUGCAACACAUAGUUCCACAGGUGCUUGAGAAAAUCAGUAAUCAACAUUACUUGUACCGCAUGACUAUUCUGCAAGCUAUUUCUCUGUUAUCUCCUGUCAUGGGUGCUGAGAUCACAUGUGAAAAGCUAUUGCCUGUGGUGAUUUCUUUGUCGAAGGACAGGGUACCCAACAUCAAAUUCAAUGUCGCAAAGGUUUUACAGUCUCUUGUUCCCCUUGUUGAUAAAUCGGUAGCGGAAGGCACGAUUCGUCCAUGUCUCGUUGAGCUCAGUGAGGAUCCUGAUGUUGAUGUUAGAUAUUAUGCAGGCGAAGCACUACAGGCAUGUGAUCAAGUGAUAGUGAAGUCGAGUUAGACGAAAUUCCAAUGACCAUUUGACGCCCCCAAUGUGCAAGGAUUUUGAUUCCUCAUCAUCCCUUGGAAGCUCGGUCGUCAUCGUCUAGGUUCUCCUUUUGAUUGAAUCCAGGAAUUUAUUUUUUUCUGACUACUUUUUUUUCGUGCAAUUUUAUUCCCUGAAGACAAGCUUCACUGUCAAAACUAAUAAGCUGGACUAAUGCUGUCAAAUUCUAUUAAGCCUCUUGAUAGGCCAAAUCUUAUGAGCAACUUUUUCUUAUUUGCAAAA